UAACGCAAGUUGACGCGAAUUGACGUUACCAAAAUAAAUUAUGAAUAAUUUAAUCUGUAAAAUUAACAAUUCCUGUGAGUCGACGGAGAAAUGGCGAUUCCAAAUUAGCCUGCCUACCGGCUCAGUAAUAGUAAUUAAAAUCCAAGACCUGUCUGAUUGAUUCAUGGCUGCCUUCAAGUACAAUUAUCUAGGAAACAGGCAGCAACAGACCAUGGAUUCUGAGACAAGUGCCUUCGACUACAGCUCGACCUUCAAUUAUGAAUCCGCCUUCGCCUACAGCAAGAGCUACUAUCCACAGAUACAAGAAGAGAGAACCUUCCAUGAACCUUUAGCAGCCAAGAUCUGUACCUAUAUUCUUAUUGUUAUUAACUAUAUGCUCAUAGUAUUCACUUUUCCAGUCUCUAUAAAGACAUUGAAACACUUUGAGAGGGCUGUGGUGUAUCGCAUUGGUCAUCUAGAACCUCUGAAGGGGCCUGGGAUGAUUGUUAUCUUACCAUUCAUAGACAAGUGGCAUAAGGUUGAUCUACGGACAAAAGCGUUUAAUGUCCCUCCACAGCAGUUCUUGAUUGGUGAUGGUGCAGGAAUAUCGGUAGGUGCUAACAUUUAUUUCCGCAUUGCGGAUGUGAGGAAGUCAGUGAACAGCGUGCAAGAUUUGAACCACUCCACCCGUGUCCUUGGUCAUUCGCUGAUGGUGAAGGCACUAGCAAACAAGACCACAAAGGAGUUGGAUACUGAGAAAAUGAGAAUCAAUGAACAGUUGCUGGAAGAUAUGAAUGUGGUCACUCAGACAUGGGGUGUGGAAAUUUCAAGGGUAGAGCUAUCUGAAAUAACUGUGUUGAAAGCAGCACCCGAAAGUAACACUGUGCAAAACAUAAUUGGACAACUCUUCUCAUCAGCAACGACUGGAAACAUUGGUCUCAGCACUUCAAACAUACCACAACCUUUCUUGCUGCCACAACCCUCGUCACAGGCUCAGCCAAGCACAAGCUUCACUUACCAGAAUGAACAACAGUCACUUGAUAAAGCUGCAGUACACAGAGCAGUGCCCUCUAUUACACCAGCAAUUCUUUUAGCAUCCAUUAAACCACUGUUGAAUGAAUAUAUGGUGGGAAGCGUUGGGGCCGUGUACAAGUUUAUUAUAACAGGAGAAAAUGGUGGCACUUUUUUCUUGGAUCUUAAGAAUGGACUGGGAGAUGCCGGUGUUGGGGAGCCUCCUAUCGGAGAACCUGACGUGAUUCUUGAACUGUCGACUACUAACCUACCACGGUUAUUCUCAGGUCAGUUGAAGGUUAUGUCUGCAUACAUGAGUGGACAGUUGAAGGUAGAGGGCGACAGAUCCGCAGCAAUGAGGUUGGAAGAAGUUAUGAAAGAACUGAAUAAGGCAAUGAAAGUGUAAUGCAACAUACUUGGAAUAUAUAUAUAUAUAAGUAAAGAUUCUGUGCAAUAGUUUAGCUUUAAUAUGUUUAGAAUAGUAUGCCAAUUUGUGUCUAAUUUUUUAUAGUUUUUAAAUGUACCUGAAAAAAUGAAUUUAACAUUAACUGUUCAUAAAUACUUUUUUAAAGUGAAUUGAAUGUACAGUACAGUUAAAUUUGCCUAAGUCUAUUUUGCAUAAGUCAAAUAAUUUCUAAUUUUACAUGCCAAAUUGUUGUGUUUUCCAUUAUUUAACAAUCUGUAAGACGAAUUUUAUCUAAGUCGAACAAUAUCUCAAUAGCACUUUGGAUUCGACUUAGGCAAGUUUAACUGUAUAUCUACCUGGUAUAACAUAUUAUGUAAGUAAAUAUCUGACAUAGGUUUUCUAUUAUGUAAAAUGAGCAAGAGAGCAAGCAAUUUAAUUUCCAUUAAUUGGACAGCAA